GCGAACCUCCGGCGCCAGGCGCAGGAGUCAGAGGUUAGGCUGGGCCGAGGGGCGGGACGAGGCGUCGCGGUCGCCGCGGGACCUGUAAAAAGUUAUGGCGCUCCCCACGCUGCCCUCUUAUUGGUCCAACCGCAGACCCGCGAAUUUCCGCUACCGCCAGCAACAGCAGGAGGACGAGUUUCGCCAGCAGUGGGAGCAGAACAGUCGCUAUUUCAAGACGUGGGACCUCCACAACUCCAAACAGUCCAAAUGGACCUCCAAGACCUCCUACCAGCGGAGCAUGCACGCCCUCUACUGUGGUAAGAUGGAGGAGGAGAGGAGGAAGAAUCUGGAGGUCCGGCGGGAGAGACUCAGGAAGCUUAUGCUGGAGGAGCAGGACUUGCUGGCCGAAGAGCUGGAGGAACUGAGGCUGAGUAUGAGCCUGCGGGAACGAAGGCUCCGGGAGCAGCACAGGGAUCUGAAGUCAGCCCGAGAAGAACAAAGGAAACUGAUGGCUGAACAACUUCUGUAUGAUCACUGGAGGAAGAACAACCCGAAACUUCGAGAGAUUGAGUUGGACCUUCACAAGAAGCAUGUGAUAAAUUCCUGGGCAACACAGAAAGAAGAAAAAAAACAGCAAGAAGCCACUGAGAGGCAGGAAAACAAGCAGUUUGAGAACGAGUAUGCGGCCGCCCGCCAGGAAGCUGAGGCUAGGCUGAAAGCGGAGGAGGAGAGGAAGCAGCUAGAGGGUCAGCUGCAGGCCGAGGCUCUGCGCCAGCAGAUGGAGGAGCUGAAGCAGAAGGAGAUGGAGGCCACCAAACUGAAGAAGGAACAGGAGAACCUGCUGAAGCAGCACUGGGAACUGGAAAGGCUGGACGACGAAAGGAAGCAGAUGGCCAUCGUCCGGCGCAAGACAGAGCUAGGGCGCAUCUUGCGACAUCAGUAUAAUGCGCAGCUCAACAGGCGCACCCAGCAGAUCCAGGAGGAGCUGGAGGCAGAUGGGCGGAUCCUGCAGGCACUGCUGGAGAAGGACAAUGAGUUGCAGCAAGUCGAACUGGCCAGGCGGGAGCAAGCCAUGGCCGAUGCGGCCCAGAUGAAGCAGGUCAUUGAGGAGCAGCUGCAGCUGGAGAAGGAGCGGGAGGCAGAGCUGCAGCAGCUGCUGAGGGAAGAGGCCAAAGAGAUGUGGGAAAAGAGAGAAGCAGAGUGGGCUCGAGAGCAGAGCGCGCGGGACAAACUGAUGAGCGAGGUUCUGACCGGCAGGCAGCAGCAGAUCCAAGAAAAGAUUGAACAGAACCGGCGAGCACAAGAGGAGACCCUAAAAUACAGGGAAGAACUCAUCAAGAGUCUCGAGGAGGGGAAGCAGUUAGCUCUGCGGGCAAAGGAAGAGAGUGAAGAGCUGAAGUCAGCCAGGAAGCAGGAGCUGGAAGCCCAGGUUGCGGAGCGCCAGUUCCAGGAGUGGGAAGCAGCCCGGCAGGAGGAGGAGGAAGAGAAGGAGGCCAAGAAGGCAGAACAGCUCUCCAACGCCCGGCUGCAGCAGGAGGCGAGGACCAUGGUGAAGAGGGGCUACAGGCCCAAGAUUCAUGGACACCUCAGGAUUGCCUGGGACUGACGUUGAACACAGAGAAGCAAGCCGACGUGACAGAGCUCGCGGCAGUUGUACAGUGUUGGUUCUGGCCAAGGCUCAGGGUGCUGCUGACCAUUUGAGCCAUGCCUGUGAGCGCAUCAUGGUCCAUAGAUGUCAGGAUGCCAUGGGUGUGCGGCCCUGCUGAGAGCCCUUCCCUGCCGUCCUCACCCAGACAGGCCUUACAGACUCAUGUCUGCAGUGCCCCCCGAGGUCACACACUGCUUUAUAAGUAGAUUUUAGAGCUAUUCGAAGAAGUCAUAUUCCAUGACAGGAUAGUAAGUUCUCUUGUCUCCCCUGUAGUUGUCUGCUCUAGGGAGGACCAGGCAGAGGGAGGAGAGAGCCUUUUAGGUUUUACAGUUGCCGUUAGAAGUUAAGCUAUUGGAGGUAGACUCAUAGGUCUUGGUGUAGUUAGUUUCAGUUGUGAGCUGUGUAGCCCCAAGGAUCACAUGGUGUGUAUUGCGGAAGAGCCGGCAGUCUGGAAAGACAGUGACAAAGGAGCCCUUGUUUGGAAGUGUUGUGAGAGCUACCCAUAGGAGCUGGGGGUGCUUAGUGUGGGGUACUUGACCUUUCACCUAUGGUCCUCACCUCAGCUCUACACCAUCAAGAAGCAGAGUCCUAUAGAGAGCACUUGAGCCCAACACGUGCCACCUCUCGAGUCCUCAGGGUCCCUUGGUUGGCUGGCCCAAUAGAGACAGGGUUGACAGUGACCUUUCGAGUCUGGGGAAGGCCUAUCUAUGUGCAGCCCCAUGGGAGUUAGGUGCCCAGAGGAACACUGGCGAAAUGGCACGAGACUCAGAAUCACAGAUGAGCGUGUCCCCACUGUUAGAUCCCAAUUCACCUCUGCAAGCGGCUCUGGGUCCUGGUCGCGAGAGUUGGAUUGUUAUGACUUGUAUCUCUCUGUAGCCUUCCUUUCGUCCCUGUAUUCAAGAUUCUGCCAACUCUGCAGACUAUAGGGUGUUUGCUCUGGUCAUGGGAACCCAGAGGUAGAAGAGCCUGGGUUUGAGGGCUGCAUGGCUUCUCAGUCUGUUUCAUUUCCUGCCUUGGUUCUCGGAUGCGGCCCCAGCGCUGUUUACCUCACACACUUUCGAGCACUCGCCCUUUUCAAAUGCACACUGACUGUGAAGUAAAGCUGUUUCACCUCAG